AUGGACUCUUUCCCAGGUGUUCCAAGGCUCAUUGUGGCUGUGGACUAUGGUACCACUGGCACCAGUAAGAUCAUCUUCCCCAGCCAUCUCUUUGUAUUCUUCCCACUUAUCACUUCGAAAUCAAAAGGUGUUUCAUAUGUCCACUGUGGUGGCAAUGCCGACAAUAUCACCACUGUAAGUAAAUGGCCGCCUCGUACCAGAGGUGAGAAGGUCCCAUCCCGAAUUUCAUAUUCUGAGGGGGGCAUUGUGCCGCCUCUCUGGGGGUUUGAGGUCACUCCGGAUGCCGAAGCCUUCGUAUGGACCAAGCUACUGUUGGAUCAGAAUCUCCAGCACGGAGAUUUCAACGAUGAGAUCCUGGAGAAAGUUGUUGGCUUUGAGAUCAUGAAAUUACCUGCUGGGAGGGAUGCCGUGACCACAAUUGCAGACUUUCUUGCUCAGCUCUACAAUAUUGGACACCAAGCACAAAGGCUUCCCAGAGUCCGGUGGAAUUUUGGUUCACAAUGCCAGCCAGCUGGCCUGAGGCGGUCCAGAGUCUCAUGCAGGAUGCAAUAUAACUAUCGGGCAGGAUUUGGGUCCGACCAUUUUUUGCAUCGGGUCAAUAUCAUGAGUGAGCCUGAGGCGGCCGCCCUGUCAAUAGUUCAUGAAACAGAGUUGAACUUGCAGUGUGGUGAUGGUGUUUUGGUCUGUGACUGUGGUGGAGGUACAGUCGACAUUACAACACUAUAUAUCACUGAAAUUGAUCCGAUCCCUUGUUUUGAUCAGAUCACCACAGUUACAGGUGGUCGAUGUGGCGGGGCCGCCAUUGAUGCGAGACUUUACCAACUGCUCGCCUACAAGUACAUGGGGGCCUGUGAUGAAUUUCUCCCCAGAUUAUUUAGGCCAGGAAGCCAGUUCAUGAAUGCCUUCCAGCAAAUCAAGCAAGAUUUUGAUGGCACUGGAGACAAGUCAUGGAAAAUUCCUGUGGAAUGUUUCAAGACAGAAAUCAUUCCCUUCAGUCAGAAAGCACCCUCCGUCCUCGUCCUUGACUCACGAGAUCUCUGCGAUCUCUAUGACCCCGUUCUGAGCCGGAUCUUCGCCUUAAUCAUGACACAGAUCACGGCGGCUAACACUCACUGUAGACGCAAUAUCAUCAAUGUCAGUACCGUUGUCUACGUCGCUAAACGAGGGAGAAGACAGCGGUUUCCAGAGGAGCCGCUCUUCGAGCCUGUCUCGGACGUCUCCCGCCCACUUACAAGUGUUGGAGACAUUAUGGGCGAAAGAUAUCCCACACACUAUCAGGCAUACCAAAACGUCCGACUGUUUCAUUGGCAGCAUGAAUCGCCCAUAAAGCCUAUUGAGAUCUACGAAUGCACGCUCGUCACCCCACCCUGCCAAUUGGACCCGCACCUUCAGAUCUUGGAUGGCUUGCUAACGUCAAAUGAACUAGAUACCCCCGAGGGCAUGGCCUGCAUUGACUUGAUCGCCUGUGACUUUUGUAACGUGGACCUGAGUCGAUUCCCCCAUCAGAUCAUGGCCGGAAGGAUGAUGUACGAGCUCGAAAUUGCGAUUCAGGUCUCUCUUACGGACCACACGAUUCAGUUUUGCGCCUAUGCACUCGGUCAGGAGAUUGGGCGCAAGGAGGUCUUGAUGGCGAAUCACUGA